AUGGAACAACCACCGUUGGUGACGGACCCUUUAGAGGUGGACCCUCUAUUCCUCACCGAGGGCUCCUUUGACCUAGUAUGCCCCGCCGAGCUGCUCUCGAUAGUCUAUAAGGCGGCGGUUGAGAUGAGACGGAGGGUGAUGGAGGUUGAGAACCCCGACAGGCAUAGACCACUGAUAGGCUUUGGUGAGGUCCAUCGUGGCCAUACUAAGGAGGAGUCAUCGGCUGUGCAGAGGAGUGACCAUCUAGAGGUAGACCCACCCUUCCCCCCUCCGAAAGUGCCAUGCCCUCCUGACCAGAUCGAUGUCGUAUCUGCAGUCACGCUCACUUCUCUCGGUAGAGAGGUGGGUGGUAAUGAGGUUAUCAGCCAGUCAGUAGGAGAGCCCGAUGCUCUCUUUGAAGAUGGGUGUGCUCUGAGUAUGGUAGAGAGGAGCCUCUUGGGUGGUGAUGAGCGCCCACUCCAGGGGCGGUCCGGUCUCGUCCUGUCUUCAUCAUGA